AUAAUCCAAACAGUUCCACCACGCAAAAGACACCUGUUAGUAAAUGUUCAUGGAACUGAUAACUGAUAAGUUUCCUUCCGGAACGAUUUACCGUUACGCACGCACCGGGAUCAGCUGUGAUCAACUGCCUGUUUUCUACGCGAUUAAACCUUUAAUCUGGGUGGAAGAUGCCUAAGAAAAAGACUGGCGCUCGUAAGAAGGCUGAGAACCGAAAGGAGCGAGAGAAACAGAUUCGAGCCAAUAAAGACGUUGUUGAUGUGGCCAAACACCCAUGCAAUGCAUCCAUGGAAUGUGAUAAUUGUUACAUUACCUUUCCAUAAUAUUUCAUAGAAUUAUUAUCUGUUGGCAGGCGACAAAAGAACAGGGCGUUCUGCUAUUUCUGUGCUUCAGUGCAGAAACUUCCCAUGUGUGCACAGUGUGGCAAAACGAAAUGUAUGAAGGCUUCAGACUGUGUCAUAAAACAUCCUGGUGUUCACAGCACUGGAAUGGGCAUGGUGGGGGCCAUAUGUGACUUCUGUGAGGCCUGGGUUUGCCAUGGAAGGAAGUGCUUGAGCACCCAUGCCUGCUCCUGCCCUCUUUCUGAUGCAGACUGCAUUAAGUGUGACCGCAGCGUUUGGGAACAUGGUGGACGCAUUUUCCGCUGCUCUUUUUGCCACAACUUCCUGUGUGAGGAUGAUCAGUUCGAACACCAGGCGAGCUGUCAGGUCCUGGAAGCAGAGACUUUUAAAUGUUUAUCUUGUAAUCGUCUCGGUCAGCAUUCUUGUCUCCGAUGCAAGGCAUGUUUCUGUGACGAUCACGCUCGAAGCAAAGUGUUCAAGCAGGAGAAAGGCAAGGCUCCUCCGUGCCCAAAGUGUGGACAUGAAACUCAGGAGACCAAAGAUCUCAGCAUGUCCACCCGAACACAUAAAUUUGGCCGGCAGAGUGGCGCUGAUGAAGAUGAUUAUGGUGCGUCUGGAUACAGCUCCUAUUGGACAAAUCAGGAAUCUGGAGGGGGCUACAAAGACGAGGAGGAUGACGACUUUGACGAUGAUUAUGAUGAAGAGGACGAAGAUGAAGAUGACGAUGAGGAGGAGGAAGACAACCCAGAGGUGGAGGACUCUCUCUCAAAUCUGAGUUUGGGAGCAAGUGGAAAGACCCAAUAAAAAUGCAAUUUGUAGAUGGGAUUCAGAAAUUCAGAUAUAGGUGUCAUCUAAUAACGUGUCAGAUAUUUGGCCUUUUACCUAAGGUUUUCUGCAUUGCAUUGAUAUGAAUGUGUGCAUAAAUGUCUGACGUUGUCACCUUUUUGAAUUUUAAAUAUAUCUGAAGAAAUGUUUUUAAAAGUCUGUUGUUUUUUGUAUUUAUUUAAUGGGAUUUGUAUGCCUCUUCAGAUAACAAUAAUGCAGACCAGACCCAGCUUCUCAGCUUUUAGUAU